UAUCAUGUAUACACUAUAGUACAACUUGAGUUCCUGCUUAGAGACAUUUGAUGUUUUUUUAAAACUGUGAAAAAAUGACAGAUUCUAAUAAAAAAGAGACCAAGUCUGCAAGUCCUGUACAGAGUGCUGUAUUCCUUUUUGGAGUGGCAGGAGCUGCUGCUAUGGGUGGUUUUGGAAUGAUGUUAGCACAAUCUAAAAAGCGAAGUCCUGCAGACUUUCAUGCUGGUAGUGCUCCAGAAGCUGGACUUGAAAGUGGGGCCAAGUUAGCUAUGCGUGCGCUCGGCAGGGCUACGGUCUACUCUGUUGGCGGUUUUUCUAUUUUCUGCUUUGCAGUCUGGAAACUGAUGGGUGUGCAUAGUUUAGCGGAGUUUACUUCUAAAAUGCAAAGAAUUAUGCCAAGAGUACCACCAGCAAAAACAUCAACGGGAGAAGAUGUGGACUGGGAUGAGUUAUUUGGGUCAACUAAACAAGCUAGAGAAAAAUGUGUUGAAUUUGGUCAAACUUCGGAAUGAAAAUUUAUAUUUUUUCUCAUAUUUGUUGUAAAAAACCUGGUACCUUCGUACCUACACUGUCAACACUCCCAAUUCAGUUAAAAAGUGGCCUGCUUUUACAUGUUGCUAACACACGUGGAAAGAGGCAGCUUUGAAACUAUGUUGAUUAAAAAUAUCAGGUUAUUGUAGUGGAUGUCCUAUAUUUAAAAAAAUGCUUUGCUGUGGGCAUUAACUUUCGUCCUUUAUUUGAAGAUCUGUUCUUUGGAAAGAGAGACAGACAGUUUUUUCAAUUAAUCAUCGUAAAUAAUUAUCGUUUCAAAAUUUUAGUUCAGUGGUAGAAAUGUGUUGCAUUUCAAACGAUUCUUGUUUUUCAG